UAUAUACAUAUAUACAAAAUAGAUACAUAGAUACAUAUAAAGUUAGAUUAUUGUUUUCCAACAUGAUUUUACACAGAAAAGUCUUUCAAACACCAAUAAAAGUCUUCUGUAAAUUUAUUCAUAUUCCAUCUCAAAUGAAAUGUAUUCAAUUAGAAAGUUAUGCACCUACCAUAUCUGGUCUAAAUAUUAGCAAAAUUGCAUCUACUAAAACCAACCUCAAACCAAAUGAGAUUCUUGUUAAGGUUCAUGCUGCUUCUGUUAAUCCAAUUGAUAUCGAAAUGAGCAAAGGAUAUGGCAGUACAGCAAUAAAUUUUUUGCGUAAGACAGAAAAUAUUCCUGAGUUUCCUCUAAUACUUGGCCGUGAUUGUUCUGGUGAAAUUGUUGCUGUUGGAAAGCAGUUUCAUCGUCUUGCUGUUGGAAGUCAUGUGUAUUGUACUCGAUGGGUGGUGGGCCAAGGAACGCACGCAGAAUAUGUUAUUGUAAAUAAAAAUGAAAUAAGUCUAAAACCAAAGAAUUUGUCUUACAUUGAAGCAGCUUCUCUUGCAUAUGUUUCAUGUACAGCUUGGAAUGCACUUGUAAAUUCAGGUGCUGUUUCUAAUAAUACUUUUAAGAGAAAAAAAAGAAUAUUUAUUCCAGGUGGAUCAGGAGGCUUAGGUUCAUUUGCUACACAGUUAUGCAUGGCGUAUGGUCAUGAUGUAGUGACAUCUUGUAGUGAACAAAAUAUAAAUGCAUUACACAAACUUGGAAUUAAAAAUGUUUUAAAUUAUGAGUCAGAAUCUUAUUUUAAAGAUCUUUCAGCAUCUGGUCCAUAUGAUGUCAUUCUUGAUACAUUAAAAGAAGCAUUUAAGGAGGAGUUUAUGAAUCUUCUAAAAAAAGAUCAGAGCUCAUUUUAUAUCUCUCUUAGUCCAACUAUUUUAGGUGAUGUAGAUCAAUUGGGAUUGCCCUUUGGUUUACUAAAAGCUGCUAAAAACUAUUUCAGUACAUUAGCAUGUCAAAUAAAUGAUGGAAAAGGAUUGUAUUAUUGGGGAUUUGUAAACCCCAGCGGGUUAAUUUUAGAUAAUGUUCGGCUGUUAGUUGAAGAAGGAAAAAUACUACCUCUGGUUGAUCGUGUAUUUAAAAUUGAUGAUGGUAUUGAAAGCUAUAAAUAUUUGAUGGAGAAAAAAUCAUGUGGAAAAGUUGUAAUUGGGUUUCCUUAGCAUGUAUCUGGUUUUGGUUUUUUUUUUUCUUUUUUUUUCUUUUUCAACAUUUUUUUAAUCACCAACUUAUUUAAAUUUAAUUUUUCUCUAUAGAACAAUUUUUCUUUGUCUUAAAUUUGUUUUCGGUUUUGUAGUUUUUUUUUGUUUUUUUUUAAUUAUGUAUAUUAUAUAUUAAUGGUAAAAUACAUUAAUAGAGCAUAUAUACCCAUAUAUGUUUAAAAGUAAAAA